CCGUUGCAGGGAUAUCAUUUGGGUCAUGUUGUGGCUUUUGGGGGAUAUUUUUGUUUGGUUUCGGGUUUGUUUUUUUUUGCUGCUGGCUGUAAACUUCCAUGACCUGCACCAAUCUGCCGCUGCACCCUCGCGCGAUGCCCCCUGAGAGCCUGGUGCUGCUGUAGGUGUGCUGGUAGCUGGGAAUACACAUUUUACCAGGGAGAAGAUGCCAUUCCACCAUGUAACAGCUGGCUUGUUGUACAAAGGCAACUACCUGAACCGCUCACUCUCCGCUGGCAGUGACAGCGAACAGCUAGCAAAUAUCUCAGUGGAGGAACUGGAUGAAAUCCGCGAAGCUUUCCGGGUGCUGGACAGGGAUGGCAAUGGCUUUAUAUCCAAACAGGAGCUGGGCAUGGCAAUGCGUUCCUUGGGAUACAUGCCCAGUGAGGUGGAGCUGGCGAUUAUCAUGCAACGCCUUGACAUGGAUGGGGAUGGCCAGGUUGAUUUUGAUGAAUUUAUGACCAUUCUGGGACCUAAACUAGUAUCAUCAGAAGGGAGAGAUGGCUUUCUGGGAAAUACAAUAGACAGCAUAUUCUGGCAGUUCGACAUGCAGAGGAUAACGCUGGAAGAGCUGAAACAUAUCCUCUACCACGCCUUCCGGGACCACUUAACAAUGAAAGACAUCGAGAACAUCAUUAUCAAUGAAGAGGAGAGUUUAAAUGAAAACUCUGGCAACUGCCAAACAGAGUUUGAAGUGCACGCCCAGAAGCAGAACAGACAGACCUGCGUACGGAAGAGCCUUAUCUGCGCAUUUGCCAUGGCCUUUAUUAUAAGUGUGAUGUUGAUUGCGGCCAACCAGAUCCUGCGGAGCGGCAUGGAGUAGCCUCUCACCAUGACACUGUGAACCAAACUGACCAUGCAUGCGCAUGCCACCGGGUGAGCUUCCCCCGAACCGACUCUCACACGGCAAAGAGACAGAGGCAGGCAGAUAAAGCACCAUUCGACAAGGAGCCUGAGGCCAGCAGCGUAAUGUGUCUUGUGAAUCAACUACAUCCUUUUGGCAGGGACAUAAAAGGGCUGUCUUAAUGCUUUAAAGGUUUUGUUUCCUAAUGCAAUAAAAAAAAUAUACAGGAGUCCCGAAUUAUUGCUUCAAAGCAGCAAUGGUAACUUGGAAAAAACUUUCAUCCAGCAGCCUGUUUUGCAGUUUUAAGGAGGCACAGCCUCAUGACUCAUUACAGAGGGGCUGUCUUUUAACCUAGGGGCCGACUGACUAUUCCGCGCAGCUCUCCGCUGGGCCCACAUUCCCAGGAAGUUGAUCGUAGCAUUGCCACAAGCAAGUUCUGUUUGUUUUAUUUCAUGUACUCCAGGUUCACUUGGUUUUUCCCUUAUGACCAUGCCUUUGAGUUUACGGCAUUAGAGGGGAGAUAGAGCAUCCUUGUACAGUAUUUUCAGAGUAAAAAAGAGGAGAAUUUGCCAGCAUCAUACAAAUUUUCUAUUUUUGCUUCAUAAACGCCACUUUUGACACAAGACCAUGGGGUAGCGUUGAGUCCAUUUGCCAUUUUUUUCCGACUGUGAAUCAGGGCUUGAGAAGCACCACCCGUUUUCACACAUGGGCAUUUCUGAGAUUUGUGCACAGUCUUCCAACUGACUCUGCAACCACCAGCGCCAUUUAAAACUCCCUUUAUUUCGUCCUGUCUGCAUAUUCGACAACAUUUGCUUUCCAGCAGUUUUGCCUUUCUAUAUUGGUCUUCAGUAACCUUAUCGGAGAUGAAAAUCCCUUCUCCUUGCCUGCACAAUUUUUAUUGAUUUCAUUUCAUAUACCCUGGCUGUAAUCUGCAUCGAAACCUCCAUGUCAGACACCUUCUCGUGGAAGAGGUUAUAUUUUUGCCUACAGGGUAGUGUGUGGUUUUGACAAGGCAGCUGCUCCAGUCCCUCCCAGGAGCCGUCCCACCACCACCACCAUCCCAUGGGCAGGCUCCAAAGGGGGUGAAGCUGAAAAGCAAAGCUGACUACAGCAAGAGGAGGAAUCAAGCUAGAGCCUACUGCCAUAUGUUACGUAGUGUGUCAGACUUUCAGAUCCUGCAAGUGUCAGUUAUUUUUCCUGGAAGAGAUUUUAAUGAGCAGCAAGGAGAAGACAGAGUGAUGCAGACUAGAGACACAACACAUCCUGUGGAAAGUGCAAGGACUGGGCGAGCCCGGAGCCAGGAUUACAUCAGAAAGCAUUUUUCCUUUUAAACUUGACACAAAUCCUUGCAUUUACCUUCAGAUGAACUGUGCACCUGCAUGUCACCCCAGGAGACAUCUGCUUUCUUUGCCCUCGUGGGAGAGCUUUCCUGGCUGGUGCUCAGGGACCCAGCACAGGGAGCGCUCCCGGGGAGGUCCACGGAAGCACCCGGGUGUUUGAGUUGUGGUGGCUUCGUCCUGCCAGCUGGGCAAGCUCCAGAAACACCAAGGAACACUGAGAUCUUGCUCCUGUAAAUGUAGACGACUGUUUCCUGUAUCACGAGAUGGGGCAGGAUGGCUCCCCAAGGGACUGCAAACCAUGAUCUUCCCUCAUUCCACACAGCAGCCAUCGGCUUAAGCCUGGAUCCAUCCCAAAGACUCGUUUCAGGUCUUUCUUUGAUUACAGGUUUGAUUGAUAACAUUUAACCUGUAUUUUUUUAGUAGUCUGAUUUGAAAAUUUGCUUCUUAUUGUUCUGUCUCCCAUCACCUCUUUAAACUCAUGUGACUGCUUUGGAUUUUGCCUUUAGGUGUCUGUGUCAGUCGCCCACCUCCACAUCGCUGCCAUUUUCCUGGUGCCUCCCUCCAUCACCGAAGACGACAGUCAUCUUUUCCAGAGAAGCUGAGUUAUUUUUUUCUGCCUUUCACAAACACACACUUCUGUAUUUCUGUUCUGCUGUGACUAAUAGAGGUCAACUGCAAAAUAUGCAGCAAAAAUUGUUACAUCUCCCAGAAGAUGGAGAGAUUUAUGUUUGCUAUAGGGGAGCAGCAGACUUAAAAACAACAACGGGAAAUCUUAGGCAGCCUCUGAGCGUGAGAUUCACACUGCUAGGGAGCCAAGGCACGCUCCCAGCAUGGUCUGCACUGGACAUUACAGAUAACGAGAUUUGAGAUCAUUUCAAGGGAACUGUCAUCCACAUUUUUAGGUCUCAGGGGCAUGUGAAACGGUGGCAGCAGCAGAAAAGAAUGUCUAAAUGUUACUUAUUAAGAUUUUUUUUUUUUCCCUUGGGACUGCGCUGGAAUGAAUGUGGGCAUCAAGGGCAGGUGGAGAUAGAGUGGAGAGGUGGGCAUCAACCCACCAGUCCUGCUCAGCGAUGGCAGAAACACGGAGCAGAGCAGGCAGAGCAGUGCCUCUUCACUAAGCCCAGAAACACAAGCUAAAACACAUAGGCCAGGCAUUUUUCCAUGUUCUUCUCACUCCUCUGACAGCUAAUACCAGGCAGACUCCAAUCAUAAGAGCUGCCUUACGGACGAGAUGGUCUUUUGCAUUCCUUUAAGCUUUCUGGAAGGCUUCAUAAUUUCUACAUGCAUGCUCCAUAAAAACCUUUGUAAAUACAGUCAUUUUUCAGUAUGAUUCUUCACCUUGAAGCUCCAUUUGUAAAACCAAACCUAUAAUUAAUAUAUUGGUAAAAGCCAUAGCCUGGUGUCAGUAGAGUUCAUUGCAAAACUCCCCACUGAUUUUACUGGGUACAGGAUCCGGGGGUUUGAGGGUUUUCUCUUUCUGUAGAGAAUUCAGUGUAUCCAUUAUGAAUCAGUGUCAUGCCUUAUUAGAGGUCUCCUUUUUCUUCCUAGAGCAACCUUUCUCCAUCUAAAUGUGUCUUGAAGAGAUCUCUUCUUCAGUCAGUCAGGCUUUUCUGGUAGCUAGUGGCAAUGCAGGAUGGAUCAGGCCAAGCCAUUUAAUAAUUUCCUCUCCCCACAACCUUUCUACUGACACCUUGCCAUCCUUCCUAGCCAGCAUCUCUUACCUACUUUUUUUUUUUUUUUUUUUUUCUUCAACACAAGAAGGAAAAAAAGGGCUUUUUGUUGCUUUACAGGCAGUAGGUAAAAAUAGAGCAGCAAAUUUUUGAUUGGAACCUAUGGCAAAAGCUUAGGGGGAAGAAAGUAGAAGAAUCAAAGAAAUAAAAAUAAAAAACCCCACAUCCCAUACUUUCAGAAAAAAAAAACCAAAAACUAUUUAAGUGCUAAUUAACAUACUUUUAAAAAAUACCCAGACUGCAGCAGUGCUAGGUAGAGCUGUCAGAAAAAGCACUAAACUUAUGCUCUUGCCAGUUACAUGAGAAUUUAAGUGUCUUUUCAGCACUGCAAUUCUGUAUGAAAAGGAUAUUGCUAUGGCAACCCUCGCUGUUCGUGACGUGUGCCACCGUGUCGGAGCAACACACAGCAGUUGCAGACAUGCUCCCAGACAAACCAAGGAUGGACAAACAGCUCCCAGCAGCCCAGGACAGCGUUUCAGAAAAUUAUCAGCAAAUUGUGAGCACCCCGAAGACAACUCUUUUGGCUUAGCCACAAAAAGAUGUGUGCAGUUAAACAGAUUGACAGGCAGGGAAGGCUUCGAGAUGGACAUCAUUUUAGCUUGAGGGAGGCUUUGGUUUGGUUUUGGAGCAAGUGAAAUCAGUGCAGCGUAAGCACUGCUCGACACAAGCUGUCCUGUGCUCGUUGAGGACACUUUGGGCAGGCCCUUCAUGAAGGGAUUGAUCUCUGAUGGGAAGGAUUUGGCUUAUGGCUCCUGCAAGGCACCGAGGUGCAUCACUGAUAACCAUUGGCUUUAGUUUCGAAGGCACGUACUGCUUUUCUGUUCCUGGAGAAGCCAACAAGGGAAUGGCAAGCACAUGGCAUGUGAAGAUACUUUGGAGGCCACAGAGAAAUGAAUUCCAGCAAAAACUGCUGAAGGAGCAUUGCUUACCUGUCAGAUCCAAAGCCGUACCAUAAGGUCAGCCAUGAAGAAAACUGCAGCUGAGGUGUUACCAGGCAGGGCAAGUGCAUCAUGGUUGUGGCAGUGGCCUUGGGGAGCAUGUUCCUGCCCAUGACAGGCUGUGCCAUCCAAGGACUUCACUGGGGCCUGACCCUCUCAAUGAAUCUACCACUGAGAAGUAAUUUCCAAUCAGGAGCAAUAUCAACAGUAAAUUAAAAAAUCAAACAGGGUGGACAAGGUUGUUAGGGUGAAUUUGGUCCUCAUGCUGUUGGAGUUCAUAUAAAAUAAAAGAGAGUUGAUGAAGAACAAAGUAAUUCUUUUUCAUGUUUGAUGGGUAUCCACAAAUAUGACAGUUACUGUUAGCAGACACCCUGUCCUAGGGAAGGUGCUCACAGUACCCCCAGGACAAGGGUCACCUGUGAGCAGAAGAGUGGGAGGUGGUAAGAGAUCCACCUACCUGCCAUUGCUCCCAGGUGAGCUACAGCUUAAUAUUUGGAUAUCAACUUGCGAUUUGGAGAGAUUUCAUACAGACUAUUCAGUGGUUAUUGGGAGCUCACGUGUUGGAUAUGGUGCACUGGUAGGGCUGCACAUUGGUUGUCUUACGUGGGAGACUUCCAGAAACUGUGCAAAAGAAAAGGUAUGUACUUAUAUACCCACCUCUCUAAGCUGAAGUGAAGUAAAUGGGGUUUUUCGGUCCUUCUCUCAAAAGAAAUGAGAGCAAGCAAGCAAAUCAAGAAAAGGCAGAAGGCAUUCCCAGGGAUCCUACUCUGGAUGUCUGUUUGACAAUCUUGGAUGAGCAAAGUACCUACUGGCAAACACUUUUUUCCAUGGAAAGCAUAGGAAUAUUCUUUCACAAAAAAAACCCACGCUGCGUAUUUUGCCUGCUGCAGAAGACCAAAACAUCUCCUGGGACACCCAGAGGACUGUGAUGUCUGUCCGAGGUCCAGUGCUGGCUCUGCUCAACAUGACACACUGCUUUGCAAGGUGCCUGAUACAAAGAGAGUCAGCUUUUCCCACAGAAGACUCUCUCCCCUCACAUUGUGCACACGUGCACGGAGCAAGCAGUGCUGCAGAGGGUUGUCAUCGCACUAAAGCAAGAGGUGCACAGUCCCAAGUCAGACUUAGAUCUGUGAGGAGAGAAGCAGUAGGAGGAAUACAUUAAGCUCACUAAGAAUGAAGUUCCCUAUUUUAUCCACCCGUGUAAUAAAUUAUUUAGUUUCUGCUUUAUGGAUGACUAUUUGAAAGAAGAAAAACCAACUCUUCUAAAAUGAGAAUCUGAUGCAGUAUCUUUUUUCUUGGCUCUGAAUCAUGCUUACAUUCCAUAGAUGAAGAUGUACAGAACUUGCUGGUUUUCAAUCUAUUAUUUUACUGUACUGUGUUCUGACAGUGCAAUUACAUUUCCCUGGCAUCACUUAAAACCUAUUACUUUUCCAGGAAUUUAAUACAGAAAAAGAAAAGGCUCACAACAUUUUCAUCUCUCCGUAUCGUCAGUUGUUAUCAGGAUUGGAACUUGGUUUUCUCCAGUUCAAGUAGGAAGUUUUAUGCAGCUCUAGGAACUGUAGAAGCUUCAUCAAGAGCAAGAUGGACAGAAAAUCUGACAACAACAUUUUAAUUGGAAGAGUACUUAACUCCUCCCCCUCCAGUGGCAAAAGUCUGAUAAACUACCACAAUUUGACAUCUUCAUGAGGAAAGAAUUUCAGCCCCAGAAGUGAGGACAAGGAAGAGAAAGGAGAAAAAGGAAGUACUCUGGUACUUGAUGAUGAAAAUACUGUAGGUUUUUUUUUUUAUUUUCUGUCAAGGCAGACCUUGUAGCCUUGAAGAGCAUUACAAAAUGAAAUUGCCAUUUUCCAAGCAAUUAUUUUCUACAGCUGUUCAUGGCCAGUCUCUGCCAGCAUCAUGAAUAAGCAGCUUCAAACACCGUUAUUUUUACGUUGCUUUAGGUGAGAUCCAUAAUAUGUCUUUCCUUUAUCAGUGGCUCUUCAGUCUUCAUCAGCCAACAAGUAGACAUUUGACCAUCCCAUUUGAAGCCGUUGAGCUUGCUCUAGUAGGUACCCCACUGGUCUUGCCAGCACUCAGGCAUGUCUUGUCUCUCUUGUGAGCAGUUCCACUAAACCCAGACCAUACAGCUGAUGUGUUUGCAGCAUCAGGCCCCUGGGGUUGCCCUUUGACAGCAAUCUUUAAAUAAAUGCCUCUAUAUUCACACUGCACCAACCCAAGAAUGGUAUUACGUUUUCUACCAUGUCUUUCAGAGGAGCCAAAGUUAUUUCAGCUUCAUGCAGCAGCUCUUAUUUUCUCAGAUUUUAAUUGGCGUGGGGGACAGAAGAGAGAUGAAGUUCCUCUUGGAGUCAAGGGUAAAUCUGAAGUAACUCAUUAGAGUUAAUUGGCUUAAACUGGAAUAAGCCCAGAAUCCAGCCUGUUGCCAUUUAAUCCAUACUAGGAUUGUAGUAAUCAAUGCCUUCUGAUUCAUCUCUAGGAAGUUCCUCACUAAGACAUACAUCUCUUUUUGUCAUCAUUUUAUCCCUCACUGUUUUCAAGCCAUUUACCAUUUAUUGUUAAAAACUGACCAUUUUUUGCUUGUUAAUAAAAGACAUGACAUUUUAAUUAAAGACAACAACUCACAAAGUCAGCAGCAUAACGGUAAAAAAAAAAACAAAAAACAAAAAACAAACAAAAAAACCCCACCCAACUUUGUACAAAAUACUGUAAAUAUUAAUAUAAAUUAACUUGGCAUGCAACUUAAAUAAAUCCUAUGUUACUGCAAGUUACCUGAGUGUAUAAAGACAUGUAUAAAGGAAAACCGAACGCCAUAUGUAUCGGCUGUUUCCUCUAACCAAACACUACUGUAAAUAUAUACUCUGUAUAAAAAGAUUUUAAUUUUACCAUUAUUUAUGCAAUAGAAAUAAAGUGUUUUUUUUUUUCUUUUGA